UGGACGCGACUGGAACUGGAACCUGUGGAGGUGCCGCUGGAGCAGGAUGGCUCUGUACUGCUCUCUGCUGUACAAUCAGUAAUACCUGGAGCGCAUGGCCUCUACUAUAAGGAUGGUCAUUCCAAAAAAGCAUUAAAGUAA